GCGUCGCUCGGUUGGCGUCUUGUCACGCGAUCAAGGGACGUGAGAUAUUACUGCGUGGUACUUAGUGGUGUUCCUGUGGGCUGUCAAGAUAUGGCACCAAUCACACCGUUUGAAGUUAUUCAGCAUGCCACUAGCAAAGAUGGCAUGUUUAUACUGGUGAAGUUUAGUGGCUUCAGAGUUCCUACAUGGGUUUCGAGAGAAAGAGUGCCUCUGAGCGUAAUCCGGUCAUAUUUUGAGAAAGAUCAUGAUAAUUAUGCUUCUGGCCUCAUUCCUGAUGACGAUGAAGAUGAAGAUCGUACGUACCUCCCCGACCCACGGCCAGCAGCGGACACGGACGAGGACGAGGACCAGGACAUGGACGAGGACAUGGACGAGGACGAGGACAAGGGCAAGUCCAAGGAUAUGGACGAGAACCAGGAUAUGGAGGAAGUCAAAGACGAGAACGAGGGCGAGGACCAGGAUGAGGCCCAGGUAGUGGCCAAGAACAGCAGUAGGGCUUCCGGCGAACACAGUGUCUCUGUUGAAAAAUCUCCUAAAGCAAGAAAGCCAUCCCUAAAGCGGAACGUUUGCCCCUAUUGUGAUACCCUGCACAAAAAAUUUGUGGGCUGUGGGCUGCUCUUCGAGGUACCGUCCGGACAAAGCUACCAGGCGCUCUAG